AGUUGGCUCCCGCGGCCACUAGAGGCUCGAGGCUCCCGACCGCAUCAGCGACCCGCACCGCAGCCCACGGCGACACGACACCACGCCAGCACCGCAGACGCAGCGAACUGCCCCGCCCCGCACACGACGUUUCAGGCGCCCUGGGCCGCCAGCACUGGCUGUCGACGCCUCCACGCCAGCGCCCCCGCGGGAACCGCACACGACGUCGAGCCGCCGCCGCCGCAUCGCAUAACGGCGCCGCGACGCAUAGACGAUGUUCUCCGGCACGUCGCAGGACAAGGGGAGGCAGAGCUCCGCGGGCAAGUUCUUCGGCCGCCGCCACCACAAGGACAAGGACAAGCCCGGCAAUGAAACCCAUCUGUCGACACAGAGCCCCCCAGGCAGCGCCCACGGCUCGCAGUCGUCGCGACACUCCCACCGCCACUCGAGCUCCGUAGCCUCCGUCGACCGCCCGCUGUCCCUCGGCCCGGAGCAGGGCCUGGCCAUGCAAGCCGGCGUGUACUCGAGCAUCCCCGUGCCCUCGUUUGAGCAGAACUCCAACGCCCCGCGCCUGGUCGACUCGUACGCGGCGCCCCAGCCGCACCACCUCGACAAGGGCGGCGCCGACUUCCACCAGUACCCCGUCUUCGACGCCUCCAAGAUGCCCCAGAACGGGUACGCGAGCGCCGCGCCGCCGCGCCCGCCUCCCCACGGCACCGGCACCGCCAUGGCCUCGUCCCAGCCCGGCGACAGAGGCGUGUCCAUCCAGCAGUGGGGCUCGGCAGGCCGAGGCAGCAAUGGCAACACCUACAAUUCGUACACCGACUCCGCCAACAACACGCGCGCGUCGUCGGACCAGGCGAGCGUCUACUCUAAUGACUCCAGAAACCGCACCUCCAAUGUCUACUACCCGCAGCAGACCCAGUCUCAGUCCACUUUUUCUUCCAUCGGCCUCGACACCGGCAGCCUCCUCCCCAUGGCUGCUUCCACGCCCCGCGAUUCGCACCGCUACUUGCUACACUCGAACCAACCCUCUGCUUUCUCUUCCACGUCGUCGUUUGGGCAGCAGGGGCAGAAUGGCUUCGCGAUACAAAGACCGCCAGACCAUGUCGUGGAGCAGGAAUUUGUGAAACUCAUGGAAAGGAGAGGGUGGAAGAGCUUGCCAGAGCAAGCGCGGCGGCAGAUGGAGGCCUACAAGAUUGACAAGAAGUGGACAUUGGUGCACCAGGACAAGCUGGCCGAGUUCAAGCACGAAGAAAGAAAGAGACAGACACAGCGGCAGACGUAUGUGGGAGGCGCAAAUCCAGACGUGUUGGCGAGGGCUGAAGAGGAGGGCUCACCCGAGUGGUACGUCAAGAAGGUCAUGGACAACUCCAUCACGUUGAAGCAGAUGUCGAGCUUGGAAAUUAGCCUCCGAACGCAGCCAAUUGCCUGGGUGCGAGGAUUUAUUGAGGCGCAGGGUCAGAUUGCGCUCACCAAUGUGCUGGCCAAGAUCAAUCGCAGGAAAGGACAGGGGCCAGCACCACCACCCAAUUCGGUCCUGCAAAAGGCGGAAAACGAUACGGAGCGCGAGUACGAGAUCAUCAAGUGUUUGAAGGCGCUGAUGAACAACAAGUACGGCGCCGACAAUGCGCUGCAGUACCCAUCCAUCAUCCAAGCGUUGGCCUCGUCCCUCAUCUCUUCGCGCUUGAACACGCGAAAAGUAGUGUCAGACGUCCUGACCUUUCUCUGCCACUUCGGCGGCGGUGCUGGUCACGAGAAGGUUCUCCAGGCGCUCGAUGCUCUCAAGACACAAUAUGGCGAGAAUGGACGGUUCGACGCAUGGAUGCGUAUCGUGGAAGUCACAGUCGAUGGGCGCGGAAAGAUGGGCUCAUUGGUCGGCGCUUCUGAAGAGGUCCGCAGCGGAGGUAUUGGUGUGGAGAAUCUGCUAAUGGAAUACGCAAUCGCUACACUGUUCCUCAUCAACAUGAUUGUAGAUGGCCCAGAUCGAGACUUGCAGCUCAGGAUGCAUAUCCGAGCACAGUUCACCGGAUGCGGCAUCAAGCGCAUUUUCAAGAAGAUGGAGGGCUUUCAGUACGAUGUUAUUGACAAGCAGAUUGAGCGGUACAUGACGAAUGAAGCUGUCGAUUAUGAAGAGUAUCUGGAAACGGAGAACAACUCAAUGGCCGACGAUGUGGAGGGCGAAGGCAAGGACCUCAACGACCCGAUCCAAAUCGCGGAUGCGAUCAACAGCAAGAUCAUCAACACUCGAGAGCAGGACUACUUUGUUUCGGCGAUGCAGCAUUUGAUGAUCAUUCGAGACACCAACGGCGAAGACCGAUUGAAGAUGUUUCAGCUCGUGGAUUCGAUGCUCAGCUACGUUGCUAUGGACCGCCGUCUGCCGGAUAUGGACCUGAAGCAGAGUCUGAACUUCACCGUGCAGUCUUUGCUCGACAAGCUGUAUACCGACUCGGAAGCGCGACAAGUACGAGACGAGGCGAUUGAAGCUCGACAGAUUGCAGAUUCUGCGAUCGCCGAGCGCGACGAGGCAAAAGCCCAGCUCGAAUUGGGUGCUGAUGGCUUGGUGCACAAGCUACAGAAACAGCUCGCGGAACAAGAGAACAUCAUCGCCGUGCGAAGCAGGCAGAUUGAGCAGAUGAAAGCCGAACUAGCGGAGAUUUCGAGGAUAAGAGCCCAGGAACUCCAACGGAACGAGCUCGAGACACGUGAGCUGUACUUGAUGCUUAGGGAUGCUCAAGACGUUGCAGCUUCAGCCGCCAAGAACAAAGGAAAGGAAGGCCUGGGUGCUGGCGAUCCUGCGCAAAUGCAAGGCAUUUUGGAUCGCGAGAGGCUGAUGAACCGCCUCGAGAUUCAGUUGCAAAGAGCGAAGACGCAGGCUACUCUUGAGGGCAAGGUGCUAGGUCAGGUACAGCCGAGCGAAAAGCUGAGAGAGCUCAGAGAAAGAAUGGAGGGCCAGGUCGAUGGAGACUUUGACGGUGUUGAUCCUAGCUCUCUCGGCACAUCAAGAGCGAAGAGCGGUGUCGUACGAAGAAAGCCUGUUGGAGGCAACCUUGACGAGGAUGAGGCCAUGCCGGACCUUGCUGAGGAUGACGAAGAAGAAGCCGUCAUUGAGAAGCCUCGACUCAUCCAGAUGCACAAGCCUAAGCUCAGCAAUGCAGGUCGCGCUCCCGAGGGCUUGCUGGACGAGAUCGCAUCGAAAGUCAAACAAUACGGCGACUCAGACGAAAGUCAAGGUGCCACACCAGAUGCAGAGAUGGCUGGAGCUGAAGGUCAAAGCGAGGCACCCAAAGCUGGCGCACCUCCCCCACCACCGCCACCGCCGCCUCCACCUCCUGGGCAGCUUGGAUUCCCUGCCAAUAUACCCCCGCCUCCGCCCAUGCCUGGCAUGAACGGUGCUCCGCCGCCACCUCCGCCUCCGCCGCCGCCUCCACCCCCCGGUGCGCUUGGCUUCCCGCCUGGCAUUCCUCCGCCGCCUCCUAUGCCUGGUCUCGAUGGCAGCAUGCCUCCGCCACCACCUCCGCCUCCUCCGAUGCCAGGUGCAAAACGGCCUGGCUUCCCGAAGGCACCUGCUUUUGGUCCUGCUUCUGUACACUUGUCGGGGCCGCGACCAAAGAAGAAGCUCAAGGCGUUGCAUUGGGACAAGGUCGAUUCGCCGAGCUCAACGGUUUGGGCAGAACGUAUGACUUCAGAGGAGAAAGAGGAAAAGUAUCGGGAGCUCAAGAACAAGGGUGUACUGGACGAGGUCGAGAAGCUGUUCCUGGCGAAGGAGAUCAAGGCAAUUGGCAAGAAGGCGGCCAAAAAGGACGAGAAGAAGCAGAUCAUCUCCCGCGACUUGAUGCAUACCUUCCAGAUCAGCAUGUCCAAGUUCUCGCAGUACCCGGCUGAAGAGCUUACGAGCAUGAUCAUCCACUGCGACACCAAGAUCCUUGAUGACCCUGUUGUGAUGGAGUUCUUGCAGAAGAACGACCUCUGCGAUGUUCCAGAUAACGUCGCGAAGCUCAUGGCCCCGUUCUCGAAGGACUGGACUGGACCUAAUGCUAGCGAAAGCAAACGUGAACAGAAUCCCGAGGAUCUCACGCGAGAGGAUCAGAUCUAUCUGUACACGGCAUACGAGCUGCACCACUACUGGAAGAGUAGGAUGCGGGCUCUCAGUCUGACUCGCACCUACCAAAUCGAGUAUGAAGAGAUCUCCAGUAAACUGCUCGAAAUCUCCAAAGUGGCAGACAGCCUGCGUAGCUCCGUCAGCUUGAUCAGCAUUCUGGGUCUCAUCCUUGACAUUGGUAACUUCAUGAACGACGCAAACAAACAAGCAACCGGCUUCAAGCUUUCCACCCUAGGCCGAUUAGGCAUGCUGAAGGACGAUAAGAACGAAUCCACUUUCGCCGAUCUUGUCGAGCGCAUCGUCCGCAACCAGUACCCCGGCUGGGAAGACUUCACUGAAGAGAUUAGCGGGGUUGUCAAAGCCCAGAAGAUCAACGUCGAGCAGCUACAGACGGAUGCGAAGAAAUACAUCGACAACAUCAAGAAUAUCCAGAUGUCGCUUGACUCUGGCAACCUCUCCGACCCGACCAAAUUCCACCCCGAAGACAAAGUCGCUAUAAUAGUGCAGAGACACAUGAAGGAGGCCCGACAGAAGGCAGAGCACCUGCAGGUAUUCUUGGAGGACAUGGCCAAGUCGUACGACGACAUCAUGGCCUUCUACGGCGAAGACCCCACCGACGAUAGCGCCAGACGCGACUUCUUCGCCAAGCUGGCCAACUUCGUCGUAGAGUGGAAGAAAUCCAAGGAGAAGAACCUCCAACUCGAAGAACUUCACCGCCGCAACGAAGCCAACAUCCGCCGCAAAGCCGCAGGCCCCAACCCCCUCUCCUCCGCCUCCCUCGCCAACGACACCGGCGACGGCGCGCCAAAAUCCCCUGCCAACACGGGUGCCAUGGACGACCUCCUCAAGAAACUGCGCGAUGCGAAGCCCGAAGCGAGAGAUCAGAGGGAUCGCAGGCGCCGUGCGCGCUUAAAGGACAGGCACCAGGUGAGGGUUGCGAGUGGGCAGAAAAUGCCUGAGAUUGGGGUGAAUAUGGAGGAGGAAGCACAGGAAGAAGAGGAGGGUGGGAGUGGUAGGGGCAUGUUGAGUCCGAGUACGGACGGCGGAGAGAGUGUGGUUGGUGAGAGUGUGAGGAGUCCUACGGACGCGACCGCGGCUGCGGGUGGGGAUGUCGCGGACCGCGCGGCGGCGAUGCUGGAGGGUCUGACUGGCUCCUCCGUAGCUAAAGACGGCUCGCUAGUCAUUCGGAGGAGAAGAGAGAACGCGGAUUCUGAGCGUGAGAGGAGGCGGAGACGGAGACAGCAGGCAUCUACCGCGAGCAGCGCGCGUAGUGAAGAUGGCGGCGGGUUGAUGAGCCCAACUAUACCUGAAGAAGGGGAGGAUGGGGUCAGGAGGGGCAGCGUGGUUAGUGGGGACGGCAGCGAGGAGGGCCCCCAGACGCCGAUUACAAUUGUGAGUCCGCCGAGUCCGGAUGGGAAGCGCGCGGAUGAAGAGAGGAAGUUGCCGACGCCGCCGCCGGAGUGAGCGGCCGAGCCUUCGAAUGAAGCAGAGGAAAGGGAUUGUUGUUGUUU